UGGAUAUGCAUUUCGUAGUAGGAGACCGAGAGAAUCGGAGCGAUAACGGAACUCCUCCAUUGUUUUCGUGCACAUUCCUGUCCUCACAGCGGGGCGCUCCGUCCGCCUCUCGCAUUGGCUGAGCGCAGAGCUGAACUCCGAGCGCCUGCAGCGUCUCUGCCUUGUAUUUUUAGCUCGGACUGUGGUGAGCAGUGCGCUGGUGCUCUGCGUGGAAACUGCAGCACCUCGUUCACCGCUCAGCGUCAGCAUCCAGCUACGGAUUUGGACGCAGUAACACGCAGAGGCAGUGCGGUGGGGAAUCGGGACAACGCCGAGGACUUUCUAAAGGAAAUGGCCAGUGCUGACGAGGGCUCCGGUUCCCGUCCGGAUCAUCACGAAGCCACCGAGUGCAGCUCGGGACCUGCGUUUCAGGAGGCGCAGAAAUGGAUAGAGGCAGUGACGGGGAGAACGUUUGGCGAGAAGGACUUCAGGAGCAGCCUGGAGAAUGGCAUUCUGCUGUGCGAGUUGCUGAGUUCCAUCAAACCGGGACUUGUGAAGAAGAUCAACAGACUCCCGACCCCUAUCGCAGGACUUGAUAAUCUAACCAUGUUCCUAAGGGGAUGUGAGGAGUUAGGACUAAAGGGAUCACAACUGUUCGACCCAGGAGACCUGCAGGACAUGUCUAUACGUGCCAACCUAACAGGUUCAGAUUGCAGUCGGAAGCUGAAGAAUGUGCUGAUCACUAUUUACUGGCUGGGCAAAACUGCGAACUGUUGCACGUCGUAUAGUGGUCCGACGCUUGACCUGAAAGAGUUCGAGGGCCUUUUGUCCAUGAUGAGGAAGGAGUAUGUGACUGAGGAGCCUGAGUCCCCUAAGAGAAGUGUUCGGGACAGCGGAUGCGUGGACAACUGGGAAUCGGAACAUUCGGAUUCCUUGUCACCUCCGAGGCACAGGCGAGAGGAUUCAUUUGACAGCCUGGACUCCUUCAGCUUGCAGUCACAACUCACACCUUCCCCUGAUACUGUGCUCCGUUCUAGCAGUGAUGAUCUGGAGGGAGAUCACAGGAAGUUGCCAGAUGUGCUGAAGGAUGACAUGUCUGCCCGCCGUGUCUCUUAUAAAGAGCCCCGCGCUGCACUGCCGUUUAACCAGUACCUCCCCAACAAGACCAAUCAAAGCACCUUCGUACCUGCUCAUCUGAGGAAGAGGAGGAGCGAACGGGAAGAAGAGCGCAGGAGUGGCAGCAACUCCACUUCGCCUGUUAGCGAGAAGCCUUUUACCCUCGACUCCCAGAAAACUGUGACCUGGGCAGUUGCUGUGGGGGCGGAGCCUCAGCUGGACGAGGCAGAACUUAAGAAGAUGAGAAAGUUAGAGAAGGCGGGUAUUAAAGUGUUGCCUGCUUUUGUGCGACACAGCAGCCCUAAGGUGACUUCCAUAGAGUCCGUUCAGGCUAAUUCACCGUCUCCUGACGUCAUCCGUCAAUGUGAUAACAACCUCUCUCAAGCUGAAUAUCCCCACGAGUGGAAUGAGGAGGAUGACGAGGAGGACGAAGAAGGAGACAAAAAGGUCCCAGAUAUCCAAAAGGAUGACCUAGCGUCCCGCAGGGCGCGCAUGAACCAACCGAAACCCAGCGCCGCACAUCAGUUCCUGCCUAGCAUGUGCAGCACAAAGGAUCGCGAGCGCUGGGAGGGAAUCCGGCUUUCCUCCCAGCAUGCCGUGCUGGAGAUGUUGGAGAAGAUGGAGCAGGAGAAGAAAAGCGACUCCGACACCGCCUCCACCGAAGUGUCCAUUGUAACUCGCAAGCACAACCCCUUCCUCAGUCCUCAAGUGAAAAAGAAAGAUGAGGACAAAGAAAGCGACGAGGACAACGACAAGGGGCAGUCCAUUGUCCCAAACGUACAGAAGGAUGAUCUCGCUAGGAGGCGAAUUCAAAGCGGGUCUCUGCCCCAAUGGGAUCCUCGUCAGUCAUUGGUUCAGAGGAGUAUCACUCAGUCAGACCUCGAGAAGUGGCAGAGGCUUUCGAUGACCAUCGAAAACAGUGAGGUGGCUCCAGCUGAAGCGUCAAUAAUAACUCAUAAGGACAACCCUUUUCUGAGCCAUGAAAAAGCAAGAGAGAAAAAGGAUGAUGAGGAUGAUGAGAGAGAGACAGAAGGAGAACGACAGGCCGUUUUGCCUAACGUACAGAAAGAUGAUCUUGCUAGGAGGCGGGGUCAGACUGGGGCCUUCCCACUCCGGGAUCAUCAGCAGUCAUUAGCGCAGACGGUCAUGACGCAGUCAGACCUGGAGAAGUGGCAGAGACUGCAGAUGAGUACAGACAACAGUGACUCGCCACCUCUGUGUCAGUCCUGCCGCGCCUCCUCCUCGGUGAAGGUCGCUCUCGACCCGGCGCGUUCCCGUGGCGACCGCAAGCGCAUUGUGACAUUUGGGGGCGUGACUAAGAUGGAGAGCAUUUCCUGGGAAGAGGAAAGGCAGGAAGAAGAGGGUGGGAAGGAUGAGUCAGAGACGCUGCAACACCUCCUCUCCUCGGCAACUGUUGCCAUGCCCACCGCUGGGAUGAGCUCAGGGCAAGAGAGAGAUGGAUGUUCAAGUAUCCCAUCGUCACCCCUCAAGAUCCCAUUUACGCAGCCCUCUAUUACUGACCCCAAACACCUCUUGACCCUUGCCGAGCGUGAGGCUCUUGAGAUGAGGCUGGCUGAGAAAGUGAUUGAUGAGAAGGUGUAUGAGGAAGAGGAAGAGGAGGAAGAAAAAGAAAGACAGCCUGACUUACAGAAGGAUGACAUGAUGGCCCGGCGGACUGGAACAUUUCAGAAAGCGAGUGGAAAUGUGUUCAAUCGGUUCCUCCCUCUGCCUGGCACUAAGAAGGAAACACAUCCAGCUGAUUCGGUUCCGAACGACAGCAAGAGUGAAGCACGAGAUUCGUUCUUGGAUAGAAAUAUUAAAACAAAGCGAUUCAAAGUGGGACAGAGACCUCAACAGGUAAAAUCUGAACCAAAGGUAUCGUCAUCUGCCACCCGAAAGGAGACAGAAGUUCUUGGUUCAUCAUCGACCUGUAUUGUUCGUUGUGACAGUUACAAUAAUGAUCCAGAUAAUGGUGAUGAGUAUGAUGAUGGAAGCCUGCUUCCUUACCUGGAGAAAGAUGACAUGCUCGCAAGGAAGACAGGAUCUUACCAAAAACCGAGCGGGAAUCAGUUUAAUGCUUUUUUGCCUAAACCUGGAGGUGUCCACGGAAAAAAGAAGUCUGUGAGCGGGCAAUACCAGGCAAACCUCAAAACCGGUGGACAAGAAAAGAAAAGUACUCAGGAGAGUAACCAUGGCUACACUCUCAGCCCCACCCCUAGAUCUGUGACCCCACCCCCAGCAGAAGUUGAUGACAUGCCUAGAAAAUGCCCUCAAAUUCUGGAUGGGCAGAAAGCAGAUAUGUGCAUGAUAGGUGGGGAAAUUGAUGUUGUGGGCGGGGCCCAGGCACAAAGCCCUUUACCUUUACCUGACCCUGAUGCACGGCACACGUUUUGCCUGGAUGAUGAUGUUUUCCCCUUGACAGUCAGUCACAAGUCAUCUAGUGUUUCUGAUGAAACUGAGAGCAUCAGUUUAAUUGACAUGCGUGAUGAUGAGGAGGACGUGGACUCUCUGUCACCACACAGCCAAACACGACACGAGGGGCUACACAACCAGUACAACAGGGUCAAAGAGGAGGAGGACCAAUGGCAGGAUGACUUAGCUCGGUGGAAGAAUCGUAGGCGCAGUGCCUCUCAGGACCUGAUUAGGAAAGAGGAGGAGAGGAAGAUGAUGGAGAAAAUGAUGACACCAGAAGGAAGUUCUAAUCGCAGGAAGAGCAUCAAGACUUACAAAGAGAUUGUGGAGGAGAAGGAGCGUCGAGAGCAGGAGCUGCACGAGUUAUACUGCCAAGCCUCGACUCCUGAGGAGAAAGCAGCCAUAUUACAGCGCUAUGCCCUCCGCUUCACCAUCAGCGAUGCCAUAUUGGAGAAACUCCAGCUUCCAAAACUCCCUUCUGUUGCGACACUCCAACCUGCGUACGCGCUGACGGAAGAAGCCGAAAUUUCUGGAUUAUUUGGUGAUAUAGAAACUGAUUCCAGUGACCAGGAUCUUAAACAGAUAACACAGAGUAUAAUGUCAGGGAGUCACUUCAACACUUCAGAUUUAUCACCUACCCAAGACUUUAGAAUUCCAGAAAAUACAGACUCUAAAACAGCAGAAGUCCAACUUUCUCCAGUUCGAGACACCAAAACAUCAGAUGUCCAACUUUCUCCAGUUCGAGACUCCAAAACAUCAGAAGUCCAAAUUUCUCCAGUUCGAGACUCCAAAACAUCAGAUGUCCAACUUUCUCCAGUUCGAGACUCCAAAACAUCAGAAGUCCAACUUUCUCCAGUUCGAGACUCCAAAACAUCAGAAGUCCAACUUUCUCCAGUUCGAGACUCCAAAACAUCAGGAGUCCAAAUUUCUCCAGUUCGAGACUCCAAAACAUCAGAAGUCCAACUUUCUCCAGUUCGAGACUCCAAAACAUCAGAAGUCCAACUUUCUCCAGUUCGAGACUCCAAAACAUCAGAAGUCCAACUUUCUCCAGUUCAAGACUCCAAAACAUCAGAAGUCCAACUUUCUAUAGUUCAAGACUCCAAAACAUCAGAAGUCGAACUUUCUCCAGUUCUUUCUCCAGAGACGUCCUCCAGAGACUCCAAAUCUCCAGACAUAUCCUGCUCACUUUCCCUUGCCUCCAAAUCUUUAGAAGCACCUCUUUCUCCCUUCAGAACAGCCCAAACCCCUGACGUCCCUCUCUCACCUGUUUGGAUACCGCCUGCUCCAUCCAGACCUGUGCCUUUACUAACACCGAAACCAUACAGCCAGCCCAAAUUUAAUCAGCCUUCUAAUAAGCAUGUUAAGAAUGAUGGCCUGGUGCGUGUGAACGGUGACUCCACCGUAGAGGACAAAAGAGAGAGUCCAGUGAGACCCGUUUCCUUCAACCCAACGCCACCCAAAUCAAGUCAGAGUCGUCAACAAGUGUCAGAAAUCUCAGCGGGAAGUGAACUCUCAGCUCAGGAGUGCACUCAGAUUUCCGCUAUUCAAAAAACCGAACCAAUUAAACAGAGAACGGAGGACGAGACGUCCAAAUCUGUCACCGAUUCAGAGCUAACAGGAAAGCAAACCGGCCCAGAUACAGCAGUGAAGCGCAACUGUGUGGUGAAGACGACCAUCGUGACAGAGCUUCGAGAAACACACUUGCUCCCUACAACAGCCACUCCUGUCACUGACCAGAUGAGCUGUUCAGACGGAUUAGACCUGAAAUCUGACGAGAAUUCCUUCAGUGAGUCCAGAAAGGCUGACGUUACCUCUUACUCGCUGACUCUGUCAGAGGGAUUUGACUUCACCAGCGAAUGUAUCGAAACCCCGAUCUUGAACCUUGCAAAGAGGGUCAAUCACUGGACUUGGGACCCUAACGAAGAGCGUAAGCGGCAAGAGAGGUGGCAGCAGGAGCAGGAGCGCCUGCUACAGGAGAAAUAUCAGCAGGAGCAGGAGAGACUGAAGCAUGAGUGGGAGAAAGCUCAGAAAGAGGUAGAAGAAGAGGAAAGGAAACACCACGAAGAGGAGCAACGGAUCCUGGAGGAAACGGUGACCCCGCUGACCCCGCACUCAUCCUCCAGUAUGACGGAAGCCCUGUCUUCUUCAGCAACCCAUCACGACACCAUUGUGUUGUCCUUGGCUGACUGGGAGAGGAAGCAGGAAAUGCUGGAGAAAGAAGCGAAGAUGAACCAGAGAAAUGGUUUAGAACACAGGUCUGAUGAGGCAAAAGCGGUAUCAUCUCCACAGCAGAAAGACCAAAGAGCAGAAGUUCAGGAGAAUCAGUCAGCUACACCACAGCUGCACUUCACACAGGAUGGGUCUUGGAGCUGCAAAUCAGAGAGCAAACAAGAGUGGAAAAAAACAGCCUCCCUGGACAGGAACGUGAGCCCAUCACAGAGUCAGCCUCCUAGGAUGAGGAGGUCUGGGUCGUGUGAAAACGUUUUAGGGGCACACACAUCUCCAUCAUCACAAGACACAUCACCCUCAUCUUCAGACAGGUCAGUGAGUGCGAAGAAGUUGUGCUCUAGCUGUGCACAGCCACUGGGGAAAGGAGCCGCUAUGAUCAUCGACACUUUGGGCCUUUACUUCCACAUUCAGUGUUUUAAGUGUGGUGUGUGUAAAGGGCUGCUCGGUGAGACGAGCACAGGAACCGACGUCCGGAUCCGGAACGGCGUCCUGAACUGUCAUUUGUGCUACAUGAAAUCUCGUGCCGCUGGUCAACCCACAACGUUAUAAAGCCGUUUUUGUUUUUUUUGCACCCGAAUCCAAGAGGAACUGGAGCAUUUGCCAAGCCCUCAGAAAGCUGGGCCAUCUUCACCAUAAACACUUAAUAAUAACAUGUAUGUGAAUUACACAUCAUUAUAAUUCAGAACGUCUCAACAACAACAACAACAAAAAGAAAACAAAGAAGCACAAACCACCUUUUGACCGAAAUGGAUCAAACUGGAAUGUCGUUUGGA